CUUUAUCAGUGGGCUAUAUCGUUAAUCCUCUUAAAUUCCAGGCUACAGAGGCGGGGCGUUUUCAGUUCUCUGGUUAUUCGGAGUGAAGCAAUGCGAAGUGUGCACAUGGCAGACGGACUUAAUAAGAAACCGAUGAUUUUCUCUGGAAAAGAGGUAUAGACAGGGCGUCAAUGAACCAAGCAGAUGUGGCUCCGGCCAUGACUCGUCCCAGGUUUCACACUGUUGAGGCGGCGUUGAUAUUUAUAUCCGUCGCACAGCUGAGCACAGCUUUGAAGUGUGUGUGUCAGCUUUGUGCCAACAACACCUGUGAGACGGGCGCGGACGGAGCCUGCUGGAACUCUGUGAUGCUGAUCAAUGGGAAGGAGGAGGCGGUCAAAUCUUGUCUCUCCCCGGCCGAGAUGAGAGGGCAGGUCUUCUGCUACAGCUCCAGGAAUGUUUCUAAAAGGAACUGCUGCUUUACAGACUUCUGCAACAAUGAAACACUGCAUCUGCAUUCAGGGUAUCUAGAGAGGCCUUCGGAGGAGCCUGGCUGGGGCAGGCUGGAGUUGGCGGCAGUCAUCCUCGUGCCUUCUGCCCUGCUGUGUGUGGGCAUUCUGCUGGGGGUCUGUGUGGUUCAGGGUCAGCGCUGUGCCUCCAGCAGGGCCCAUAAACACGAUGCAGAGGAGCCCCUUGACGACCAGAGUCUCAUGUCCCCCGACAAGUGUCUGAAAGACCUCAUCUUCGACAUGAGCACCUCUGGGUCAGGCUCUGGACUACCACUGCUAGUCCAGAGGACGAUCGCUCGGACCAUCGUGCUGCAGGACAACAUCGGGAAGGGCCGCUUCGGGGAGGUCUGGAGGGGGAAGUGGCGAGGGGAGGACGUGGCGGUGAAGAUCUUCUCGUCCCCAGAUGAGAGGUCCUGGUUCAGGGAGGCGGAGGUCUAUCAGACCAUCAUGCUCCGACACGAGAACAUCCUGGGAUUCAUUGCAGCUGAUAACAAAGAUAACGGAUCUUGGACUCAGCUGUGGCUGGUGUCAGAGUACCACGAACAUGGCUCAUUGUUCGACUACCUGAACAGGUACACAGUGUCCGUAGACGGCAUGAUUGUCCUGGCGUUGUCCAUCGCCAGCGGACUGGCACACCUCCACAUGGAGAUAAUUGGCACUCAGGGAAAACCUGCCAUUGCCCACAGAGACAUAAAGUCUAAAAACAUCCUGGUUAAGAAGAAUGGGACGGCAGUCAUAGCAGACCUGGGAUUGGCUGUAAAACAUGACUCCAGCACUAACACUAUUGACAUACCGUCCAAUCACAGAGUGGGAACAAAGAGGUACAUGGCCCCAGAGCUACUGGAUGAGACAAUCAAUAUGAGCAGCUUUGAGUCCUUCAAGCGGGCAGAUAUCUACUCCCUGGGCCUUGUGUUCUGGGAACUGGCAAGGAGGUGCUCUGUCAGAGGACUUCAAGAAGAUUUUCAGUUGCCUUACCAUGACAUGGUGCCUUCAGAUCCCUCCUUGGAGGACAUGAGAAAGAUUGUUUGCGACCAGAAACUGAGACCCAGCAUUCCCAACCAGUGGCAGAGCUGCGAGGCACUGCGUGUGAUGGGCAAGCUGAUGCGUGAGUGCUGGUUUGCAAACUCUGCAGCUCGUCUCACCGCCCUGAGGGUCAAGAAAACCGUCUCUCAGGUGACUGUACUCACGGACAACAAAGAUUAGGUUGAAUACCUAGCUAGAGUAGCCCUCUGGCUGGCGCUCCUGAAUGUAAGAAGAAAUUAUCAUACUCCAUUGUAUUAAGUUUUGUUGUGGUUUGCUAUGGUGGGCACUAAGGAAUAUGCCUCUGUACUGAACACUCGCAGCUUGUGAUGCCAAAAGAGCCUACUGUUCACAUCAGUGAACACGUCUGUCCUGCCCUGCAGUAUGGAAUAGGAACUGGGUCAACCAAUCCGGAGGAACAUGCAAUGAAAAUGAUGUGACGUGUCAGGAAAAGACGGAUGAUGUACUAUAGAUGCGAGUUCAAUUGAACUCGGUCAAAACAAUAGAAAUGCCUUGAAAAUGCCAUUUAGAUUCUCCUCAGCGCCCCCCACCUCUAUAUCAGCCGUUCACACUGUAUUUCGCUGCGGGAAUUCUCGGGAGUGAAUCGGACUAAAAUGAUUGUAAGCUGUUAGAGAACAAAAGUCAUUGAAGACAUCUCAGAUGCUUUACAGAUUUUGUCCUUUGUUGUGGACACCAAUCAUUGAAGACAUCUCAGAUGCUUUACAGAUGUAGUCCUUUGUUGUGGACACCAAUCAUUGAAGACAUCUCAGAUGCUUUACAGAUUUUGUCCUUUGUUGUGGACACCAAUCAUUGAAGACAUCUCAGAUGCUUUACAGAUUUUGUCCUUUGUUGUGGACACCAAUCAUUGAAGACAUCUCAGAUGCUUUACAGAUUUUGUCCUUUGUUGUGGACACCAAUCAUUGAAGACAUCUCAGAUGCUUUACAGAUUUUGUCCCUUGUUGUGGACACCAAUCAUUGAAGACAUCUCAGAUGCUUUACAGAUUUUGUCCCUUGUUGUGUACACCAAUCAUUGAAGACAUCUCAGAUGUUUUACAGAUUUUGUCUUUUGUUGUGAGCACCAAUCAUGCCAUGGUUGUUCUAGCCCUCACGAUAUGCACAUGCAGUCCAGGGAUCUCUUUAUCGGAUGUACAUGGAGAUUUUCUCUGCUACCUCAGAUAUUUUUCAGUGCCCAAAGCUUGAAGUUGCACAUGUUAAUGCUUUGUGCCAUAUAUAACUGUCAUGUAGCGCUAGGCAACCUGUGGAAAUGACUGUAAAUGUUACUGAUUAAUGCACUGACGCCUGGUGGUACCGGACACGCAUGGUCAUUGCCCAUGAAGAUAACUGUUACUGUGGAGCUGCCCCCAAUCUCUCAGCCCUCCGCCCUUUUCUAUCUAUAUGGUCUUUCUAUACUGUAUGACUUGAAAAUAAUCUAUAACUUGAAACUAUACAUCGUGGAAAAUAAAUAAAUAAAAUAUUGCAUCUUGUGCCCUCGAGAGGCAUUUUGGUCUAAGUAUAGCUCAAGGUACUGCUGCAUCAAUGCGACCAGGAUGUAAACUCCUGUGUAUGGAAACUGACAGUGCACAAGGGUCUUGCGUACCGUGGUGCGAAUUGGCUCAGCGCCAUCUGGGAUUGGUGGGGUGGAUAUUGUACAGGGUGGCUUUGAAUCCUUGCACUCUAAUGACUCCUUGUGGUAGGCUGGAUAUCUGCAUGUAAGUAUCUGGGAAUACUGCUUGAGUGAGCGGUAUAAUAACAGGCAGAGUGGAUCUGCAAGAUGUGCGUUGGAGGACACACUUAGAUUUUUGACUCUCCUGUACAAGCUGGGUGUGUUGUUGUAAUAAGCAAAGGCCAUAAUCUCAAGCUUGAGAAAAUUAGGAGGGGAAAAAGUGGGGUAAAAUGAAUAUAAAAAUAUCACAUGAAUAUAACAAUGAAGGGGUGCAAUCUGCCCAAACAAUGACAACAACUAUGAUAAUCAGGCCAUCACUUGUGGAAUUGGCCACAAGUUGGCGUCUCCGAUUCACAAACAGCACUAUGGAAGCAAGGAUGUUCAGAGAAUAUACUGUGUUUAUUUACCUUUACAAUGUUUACAAACAUUGGAUUAAAACAAGCAAUAUUCAACUGUUCUGAUGGGGUACAACUCUUGAGUUAAGCCCAUGGGUUGUCUUCGAAAACCAAUGACCAUAGAGCAUUAAUUCCACUGAAAUUCCAAAACUGAUGUGGCAAUCGCUGAUUCCACUUUUAAUCACAUCCACAAUUUAUGUAUGCUUUACAGUCAUGUGAAAAAGUAAAUGCACCACCUGGAAAGUUGUCUCUUUUUUAUUAUCUAAAUAAAAUUCUAACCACAUUCAUUAAUAAAGGUAACCCAAUUAAAUAAACCUCGCAAAUAACUACUUUAGAAGCAAUUUUUUAAGCAAUUUGACGGAUCAUCUACAAAUGUCCAGAAAAAAGGAAGACCACUAACAAUCUACAUAGGACAGGUUGUCCUGCCAAAUUCUGCCCAAGAGCUAACUGAAAGACGCUCUCUAAGAACCCCAGGGUAACGCCCAGAGAUCUACAGAACUCUUGAGGCAAUCAAUCCAAUCCUGGGUUCAGGACCAAAACUACAGGAACAAUGUGCUAUGGACAGAUGACUCAAAGGCGGAGUUGUUUGGCCUCAGUACCAGAUGCCAUGUUUGGUGAAAACUAAACACUGCCUUUGAACAGAAUAACCUCUUACCAACUGUAAAGCAUGGUGGUGGUAACAUUAUGCCCCCGGGCCUGGUCAACUAUGAAUUCCAUAUAGUACCAAAUCCUUAUUGGAGAAUCUUUCAAAAAGCUGAAGUUAAACGGAACAUGGACAAGACAAUAAUGCAAAACGUGUGCAAAGCUGCAAUAGAAUGGCAACAAAAAAAAGAGAGGGCUAUGGAAUGUCUGAGUCAUUGCCCAGAUCUCUAUCCUAUCAAAAUGCUGUUGCAGGACUUAAAGUUGGCUGUGCAUGCAAGCCCUCGGACCUGACACAGUUGACACAGUACUGUAUAGAAGAGUGGAUGAAAUUGACUUAAGAGACUGGUAGACAGUUUCAACAAACGACUACAUGAAGUUAUUUCAGCUAAAAUGGGCAACAUCUGUUAUUGAAGCAAAGAUUUCUGUAGAUAUUCAGAUGUAUAAAUGAUUUAAAAUUAUGAUCUUUCAUUGUCAUUUGUUAAGUUAGAUUACCUUUUAUAUUCAUGUGUCCUUAUAUGUUAAGACAAUACAACUUUCCGGGGGAUGUUCUUAGUUUUUGCAUGACUGUCUAUGUGUUUAACCUAAUAAAAGCAUUUUCUCUGUAAAGCACCGAAGAGAUUUACAAUGUUAUAUUUAUAUUUUUAUAUAUUAAUAUACAUUAAUGUAAUUUACCUGAAUGUAGUUAUGGAAACUCCUUGAUCAAUAGGAAUGUCAAUAUACUAUAUCCAAUGCCUUUAUUUGAAUGCUGCACUAUGCAGAAUAGAGAAACAAAAGUGGGAAAAUGCCAAUGGGAAAAUAUACAUUUUGUACUUUAUUUUAAUAUAUGUUAACUUUUUUUUAUUAUUUCUGUAUGCACUACAUUGUUGGUAUAAGCUACUCAAAGCAGUACAGCCUUUAUCUAAAAUAAUGUCAAUGACUGAAGACGAUUAACUUUUUCCGUUAAGUUGGUGUUCACAAACCUCCAGCUCCAGCACUAUUCUUAUCAAGAAACACAAUGUGAAGUGGUCAAUUGUUUUUUAAUCAACAUUCUUAAACAAAACGACGAUAGCUUGUAUGUUUUUCUGUCCAAAAUAUUUAUAUUCAUUAAUUGUUGGUUGUCUGCUGAAGAUGAAUUUGACAAUGUUUCUCAGUCAUGAGUACGAACGGCAACUGUGUUCAGGUUGCUCAUGUGAACACUAACACCAUUGUAAAAAUGCACUUGCUAAAACAGGCAGAAAUUAGCUAAAUCUGGGGCGGCUGUCUCCUCUCCAUCACAUAGUAUGAUUGGUAUUCUGUUUGUUAUAGCAUGUGGACACUACUUCACACAGUCCUUCUGCAAAUGUAAAAGUAUGUUAGUUAAUUUGACACCAUAAUGUGUAUUGUUUUGUAGUGAAGUGGUGUGGUGCUUAUGCCAAUUUGCUUCAAGCAAAAUGCUUGUCAUUACAGACAUUGUUACACCAAUUUCUAUCCACCCUGGCUAUUAACGACAAAGACUAUGUAGAUGUAUUCUUGUUUGCGGUUGCUAUUUAACAUUCUUGUAAGUCGGCAUCUGUCUGUUAUUCUGUCUGUGAAGUGUUUUAGUUGAGGGGGUACCUACUAAACUUGGUCUAAAAUUGUAAAAGACUGGCUCUGCAAAACAUACCGUGUGCGUAGCUGUAUCACAAAGUCAGUCACAUUGCCGUUUUGUAUGUAAAAACAGUUCUGCCUAUUUCUUUUGGAUAAGCUGAUAUUUGUCUAAGCAGGAAAUUCAGUCAUGCUUUUGUCCUGUGUCAAGACCUGCAGUCGAGUCAGUUUGUUUCACAAGCUGAUUAGACUGAUUAUUUUCUGUCAAAUGGGUGAAAUUGUUUUGCCUCUAUAAGACCAUCAUUCAUUCCAAAGAAAAGAGACAAUUUCGGGUGACAUCACUGGGAGUUUUGCCUGCUCUGGGAAUGCGAUAUAACUUUUAUAAAAGUGUUAACGUUUGGAAAGAUCACCCUCCAAUGAAUUAUCUUCAUUCUUUCUGUUGACAAGAGUAAUUAUUUUGUGUUGUAUGUUAUAUGGGUCUUUUUAUGUCAUUUUGAUGUGUCAUUGCAUUGAAUUUCGGUCUUACACUAUUUAUUAUAUUGAAAUAGUCAAUAAACUACUUUUCACUGAAAA